AUGAAAUACAUUCUAAUAGAUAAUACCGGAAUUGAUAAUAUGCUUAAUCGUGCUAGAAAUACUAAAUUACAAACAACAGCAAUCAUUGUAAUUGGAUUAUUUGCUAUUUUUUCCACUCUACUUAACCUUAUUCUAUUAAUUACAAUACUUUUAAGUCGAAAACUUCGCUCAAUUCAACUUUUUAUAUUGUUUUGCAAUUUUGCUAUAUUAAAUAUAUUUGAUAUACUAUCCGGUAUGUUUAUUCCAUUUUUGUUUAUUAUCAAUGAUAAUUGGCUUUCUGAUAUGACAAUAUGUCGUUUGAGUGUCACCCUUGAACAGUUUGUUAAUAUGGAAUUAUUAAUGAGUAUAAUGCUAAUGGCUAUUAUACAAGCUAUUCUAUCAUACUUUCCAAAUCAAUUUAUAUUUAACAAUUGGCGAAUACUAGCAUUUAUUAUUGUUUUAUGGCUAAUAAGUAUUUGUUUAGUUUUACCUAUAUUUACACAUCACAUACCUGUCAUACCCUCUGAAUUUUGGUAUAAUUGCAGCAUUGACAAGAAUGUUCCAAUUUUAUAUCCAAUUGUAUGCAUAUUGAUUUAUAGCAUUUGUCUCAUUAUUAUACUAAUUUGUCUGGCGGCGCUUUUGUCGCGUAAUAAUCAAUACAAAGAUCAAUUAGUAUCGAUCAGAUCAAAUGAAAAUUUAUCAUUCAAUAGACAUACUUCUUCGUUUGAUUAUGAUUAUUUGAAUCAUUUAAAACUUAUUCUAAUUCUUAUCAUUUUAUUUAUCAUAUUUGAUGGACCAUUUAUUAUGCUAAACUUUUUCAUACAGAUACGAAAUAGUAAUGUGUUACUGACAAGUGAUAAUGCUUUUAUGGUACCACAAGAUGCUUACAUAAUACUAAAUUGGUUACGUUUGAUGUAUCCGUUACUAGCACCAAUUUUGAUUUAUGCAGUAUCUGAUAAAAUUUGGCUUAAUAUAAAACGAUGUAUAUUUUGUGACAGAUCGGAGACAAUUUCAAUUCGAGAUUAUUCAAAUGAACAAGAUUCAAAAGAAAAAGCUAAUGAUAAAAGCGCCAAGUGA